UUCCUGUUUCUUCUAUCAAGCAGUCGGCAUGUCAGAGCUCCGAGGAUGUUCUUCUCCCAGAGAGGCUGAAACUCUUAUCUGAUUUUAUCCUCAUGGCCAUCGCUGUGCUUCACCAGCAGCAAGAAGUAACAAUGAUGCUACUAAAGAUGAAGACUUAUGUGGCUCUGCUGUUGGGGAUUUCUGUUUUGUUGUCAACGGAGUCCACGAGUGCUUCGAUCCCAGACACCAGCAGCGUUUACUCAACCGCUGAACCAGACAAGAUGACCACGCUGAUGAUCAGUGAGCAUGCACUUCAGUCAGAAACUCCCAAACCUCCAGAGGUUAGUGAUGCUCCACCAGUAAAGACCACUGCAUCACCCACAGUGGAAGAGGCGGUCGUCACUGACAGAAGAGACAGCUCAAACGGCAGCACUUCUGGUUUGGCUGAUAUGAAAACUAUAGAACCAACAAGCAGCUCAGGUCCACGAUUGCUUCAUACCUCUGCAGUAGCGACCACAGCUGCAGGGGUAGCACAUCCACACCACAACCCAGCGAUCUUAGAGACAACAAAACCUGCAGAAUCUCAUCAACAAUCACCCACCACUGCUAUUGACAAGACCGCUCCUGCAGCAAUUUCUGCAACAGUGGCGUUGUUGCUGCAGCCUACGCUCACCACCAAGCCUAAAGUUACAUCCAAGUUACCCUCCACCACCUCCUCUGCUAAUUCUACUCAGGCUCCAAUCUUCAUCCAAACUCUCAGCGGUUCCUCAGCUCCUGAGACAGUUGUAAUGACAGAUAACCCCACCUCUGAGACAGCACCGGUGUUUAGGCCCACAAAAAGCUUGACAUCCACUGACAGCACUGAGAUUUUGCCUACACAAUCUGUUUCUGUGACGGGGACCCCAAUAUUUAAAUCAUCUGAAUCAGCAGAGCCGAGAUCUACCACCGAGCCAGCAACCGACUCAUUCUCAACAGAUGAAGUCUCUACCAACAAUGUCUCCACCACCAAUGUCUCCACCACCGAUGUCUCCCCCACCAUUGUCUCCACCACCAGUGUUUCCACUACCACUGUCUCCGCCACCGAUGUCUCCCCCACCAUCGUCUCCGCCACCAAUUUCUCCACCACUGUUGUUUCCACCACAAAUGUCUCCACCACAAAUUUCUCCACCACUCCUGCAGGCGUCUUGAUCCCUCUUGUCCCCAAGAAGUUGCCCGCCCCAACCACAAAACAAACUUCUGUAACCACAGCCUCACCUAGCACUGAGGCCCAACGCUGCUCCACCCGAGGCGUUGUAACGCACUGCCUUAUCGCCAUCGCCUCCCUGGCUGCGCUGGCCACCAUCUUCAUGAUUACUACCAUCAUCCUUUGCACCAAGCUGUCAGCAAGGAAGUACAAGGUGAAGAAACCUCAACCGGCCACAGAGAUGAUGUGCAUCUCGGCGCUGCUGCCCGAGAGGAAUUACACCUAUACCAGACAACGCAACCCGGUCACUAACGGCGUCCUGGUGAUCCACGGCGGUGCAGACAGCGAUGAGGACGGAGGAGAUAACCUCACUCUCAGCAGCUUCCUUCCAGAAAAUGAUCGAUUUGUUUAGAUGGUGUAAUUGGGAUUAUUGUCAUCAGACUCCGAAUGGACUGAUCUGUCUGAUGUCAGUGAUGCAGAAACGGUUGCUGUUUGAAUAAACCCAUGCUUCCCCUUUGAUGUUGGUGGUUUAGCUUUGCUUCACGCCCUAUUUCCGUGGAGAAAGAGACACACAAACCACAAUCACACACAAAAACUGUGAAAUUUUCAUGUUCAUGCACCAUUAAUCAUAUCUGGCAUGUGGUGAGGUCGGCUCAUCAAAUGUGUAUUUUAGGAGUUUGGACUUUUUGCAAAAUUCUACACUUGCCCUCCACUUUACACUUGAAGUCAGGGUGAGGAUAGAGAUCAAAGAUUUUGUUUUUAACAUCCUGAGCUGAGCACAGAUGGUAUUUCACUUAGCUACGGGAGACAGGAAGGCUUGUUUCAGCAGGGGAUUACUGUUCUUCACAAACGCUGUUCAGUUUACAGAUGCUGUUCUGGUUGCACUGAGGUUUCAUUGUAUGAACGCUGUCAUUUGAUUAAUGGUAAACCAAAUGUGACUCUGUUUAUAGGGGUGUAGGAAUGCAGCUUCUGUAUUGUUAUAAUUUAUUAAACUAAUGUCUUAUGUAA